AUGACACCACUAAAACAAUCAUGGCCUUCUAUCUACCCUCCCAUUGUGGAGCAUCUAAAACUACAGUGCCGCAUGAACAUCAAGCGGAAAACCGUCGAGCUAAGAACAUCCAAGUUCACCACUGAUUCUGGUGCCCUACAGAAGGGUGAGGACUUUGUCAAAGCCUUCACUCUCGGCUUCGACGUCGACGAUGCCAUUGCUCUCCUGCGACUGGACGACCUAUACAUUGAAACCUUUGAAAUCAAAGACGUCAAAACCGUGCACGGAGACAGCCAGAGCCGUGCCAUCGGUAGAAUUGCUGGUCACCAGGGCAAGACGAAAUUCGCCAUUGAGAAUGCCAGCCGUACGAGAAUUGUGCUCGCCGAUUCCAAGAUUCAUAUUCUGGGAGGAUUCAAGAACAUUCACAUGGCUCGUGAAUCUGUCGUUAGUUUGAUUCUCGGAAAGCCCCCAGGCAAGGUCUAUGGCAACCUGAGAACCGUGGCUGCCAGAAUGAAGGAGCGUUUCUAG